GUUGCUAUUUUAGGACAAGCCUUUCAAGCUGACGUGCUCUUAAUUUGGCGAGGUAUUAACUGUUCCGCUGUACGCGGUGGCGUGAAAUGUGCGUUUUAUGUUGUAAUUCUUUAGGAUGUUGACUUUUGGCUUGAAAGUGGACACUUCCUCGGCUCGCGAGCUCGGAGGGGGGAGAGGAGCUGGACACCCAGUGUAAUGGCACACAGACUUUCGACACUGACACUUUUAAUGGACGGGUGUUAACCACAACGGACUAAGCUAUUGUUCACAUCAGCACUGAACUUCAACGAACAGGUCGCGUUGCCUGCUGGUCACGGGCCAGUGUCGCCGCGACACUCUGGCUGACGUUCCUGGACGCGUGCAAAGCGAUGGGCGAAGGCUGCUGGCAGAACGGGACACUUUCACCAGGAUGGAUGUGACAGCAUUGAAGGGAAUCUUGCCUCUGACCAUCGUAUGCAGCUGUUUGCUACUGAUUUCUGCGGAGGGGACAUCCAAAGACAACUACGUAAACACAGUGCAGAGUGCAGCUCCUCGUUCCUGCCUGGAGGGCUUCACUGCUCUGGGCUACUACAACGGCUCCGUGUCCCAGACGGAUUCGGGCUCGCGCUGCCUGAAGUGGAGCGAGUUUCCCGACUAUGUCCUGCAGUACCCGGGCCGGGGCCUGGGCGACCACAGCUACUGCCGCAACCCGGACCGAGAGGCCAAGCCCUGGUGCUUCAUCCGCCAGGGCUCCGGGGCCAUCGGCUGGGCCUACUGCGACUGCCACCAGGGUGCGGCCCGGCUGGUCGGUGGCUCGCCCCCGAAAAGCGGGCGUCUGGAGGUGUACCUGAACGGCCAGUGGGGGGCGGUGUGCGGCACGCACCUCACAGACCGAGACGCCAGCGUCAUCUGCAGGCAGCUGGGACUUGGUGAAAUCGGCACCGCCCUCCAGCACUCGUAUUUCGGGCCUGGCUCUGGACUCUUCCACUACGACCGCCUGGGCUGCCGCGGCAACGAGAACUCGCUCCUGGAGUGCCGGAGCAGGAAGUUUGUCACCGGAGACUGUAACCACGGCAACGAGGCGGGGGUGGUGUGCGCCCCCCCUGAAGGCAAUGGCACCCCCUUGAGGCUGGUGGGUGGACUGGAGGACUUUGAGGGCCGGGUGGAGGUGUACCACAAGGGCAAGUGGGGCUCCAUCUGCGAUGACCAAUGGGAUGACAUCGACGCAGAGGUGGUCUGUCGACAGCUGGGUCUGGGGGGCAUCCCGAAGGCCUGGUCGUGGGCGCACUUUGGCCCAGGCUCGGGGCCCAUCCUGCUGGAUGGGGUGCAGUGUACGGGGAACGAGCUCUCGCUGGAGGAGUGCUCCCACCGCGGCUGGGAUCGCCACAACUGUGACCACCUGGAGGACGCCGGGGUGUCCUGCAACCCCUACACUGAUGGGGAGAUCAGGCUGGUUGGAGCAGACAGCCCAUGGGAGGGCAGGGUGGAGGUGUACCACUCUGGGGACUGGGGCACUGUGUGUGACGAUAACUGGACCCAGCUCCACGCCCAGGUGGUGUGCAGGCAGCUGGGCUUCAGGGGGCGAGCGGAGGUGGUGCCGGACGGGCAGUAUGGCGAGGGGGCGGGGCUGAUCCUGCUGGAUGAGGUGCAGUGCCUGGGGGCGGAGCGGUCCCUGCUGGACUGCGCGCACGGCGAGUGGGGCCGGCACGACUGCUCGCACGGAGAGGACGUGGGCGUGCGCUGCCACAGGGGGGACGAGACCAACGACGUCCCCGACACGCCGCCCGUCUCAGGGCCCCUGGUGAGGCUGGUAGCGGGGGAGAGCCGGAAGGAGGGGCGUGUGGAGGUCUUUGUGAACGGCCAAUGGGGGAGCGUCUGUGACGACGGCUGGAAUGACCUCAACGCAGCGGUGGUGUGCAGGCAGCUGGGAUUCGUCGGUGUGUCCAAGGCCCGGUCCAUGGCGUAUUUCGGGGAGGGGCAGGGCCCCAUCCACCUGGAUAACGUGCGGUGCUCUGGGAAGGAGGGCUCCUUGGGGGAGUGUGUGUCUGAGGGCCCGGGGCCCCAUAACUGCAGGCACAGCGAGGACGCGGGGGUCAUCUGCGACUACGUCCCCCAGCCCGCGGGAGACAGCGCCACGCCCGCCCCCUCCUGCGGCCAGAGGCCCAACGCCCAGCGCCGGCGGAGGAGGAUCAUCGGAGGAGACAAGUCCUUCAGGGGGGACUGGCCGUGGCAGGUCUCUCUCUGGCUGAGGUCUCAGUCCAAGGGCAACCAUCCGCUGUGUGGCGCUACCCUCAUCAACUCCUGCUGGGUCCUGACUGCUGCACACUGCUUCAAGAGGUUUGGCACCGACCCGUCCCGCUACACGCUGCGUUUGGGGGACUACCACACGGAGGAGCGGGACGACUUUGAGCGCAGCCUGUCCCCGGAGCGCAUCGUGGUGCACGGGAGGUACCACAGCCAGGGCUGGGAGCACGACAUCGCCCUGCUCAGGCUGCGGGGCGCCCGGGGCAACUGCGUGGCCUUCAACCCCCACACCAACGCCGCCUGCCUGCCCGCCCAGGGGAGCAAGUGGGGCAAGAGGCCCGCCGCCUGCAUCAUCACAGGGUGGGGGGUCACAGACUCGGAGUACUCCCGCACCCUGCUGCAGGCCUGGGUGCCUCUGCUCCCCUCCCGGCGGUGUAAGCAGCGCUACGGCGGGCGUUUCACCAGCCGCAUGCUGUGCGCCGGCAGCCUGUCGGACCGUCGCCGCGUGGACAGUUGCCAGGGCGACAGCGGGGGCCCGCUGGUGUGCCAGGACGAGGGCGGGCGCUGGGUGCUGACGGGGGUCAUCUCCUGGGGUCACGGAUGCGGCGACCCCUCCUUCCCGGGCGUCUACACGCGUGUCAGCAGGUUCCUGCGCUGGAUCAAGCAGGUCACGCAAAGCGAGCCCAAGAUCUGACACGCCAUUGGCUCCCGACAGUGCCGUGUGACCUUUUCGGGAGUGAGGGAGGGAGGGGUGACCGUGGGAUGUACCUGCCACACGGCCCUGGCCAGCCGUCAUGUCCUGCACCAAAACUGCUCGCCUAAUCCCCCUCUAUUCUGCCACAUUCGAUCAGACACCGCACAGUGUGUCCCAAAGGAGUCCCAAAAGCGCAGUCACAAAGCCCCAAAUUUGGAUAUUUAAGAAGGCUGCACAUAAUGCGAUAACUAUGCAUACAUUAUGACUCCAUUUUGUGUCCCUGGUGUCCACACGCCAUUUUUUGCAGAUUAGUUUUGGUGCAGGUACCCAGCUAACUAGUUUUUGGUUCUCUGAACAUUCCCAAAACAUUCAGAAAGUACAUUUUCCCAACACUUAAUUGUGUCCACCUUCCAGAAUGCUCCUUUUAAUGUUCCUGGUCAUUCAUCUUAAUUCAUCGGAAAUGUUUACAACGUUGAACAAAUCUGCCGUUUCAGUUCUCAUUCAGAACGUUCAUAAAAUGUUCUCCAUGAUGUUUUUCCCUAACAAAGUGAAAACCAUCUGGGUGAGGUUGCCAGUAAAUGCCUGUAAAGUUUUCCUGUGACUUUGACAGAAAUAGUUUGGAACGAGAAGGUGUCCCGAGUCAGUUUGGGGAACAUUCUCAUUGUAACAUUAUCCAAAACACCGAAUGCAGAUGUACUUGAAAAUGUUCCCCAUACAUUGUGGAAACAUUUCGCAUUAGCUGGGUGCUGGUCAGGGCCUGGUACAGGUGUGAGGAACUGAAGGGCUUAGGAAUGAGGCUCCUUGUAUGGACGGGAGGAGGGAAGAAGACGUUCUGUGUGCUGUGUGUCUUAAAACAACGAAGCUGCACUUCAUAAGCAUUCCAAAGUAUGCAUGUAUUACCAAACCAUUUCCAGCUCUCCGCGCCAUGCCAAACUGCACUCCGCUCUCCGAGCCGGCUCGAGUUACCGUUUCUUCUCCGCGACUUGACGGGCAGACGACGGUUUUGAGGAAGGAACAAAAAAAGGAAAAUGCCGUUGGCGCCGUCUGGGAGAGACGCGCGAAAGCCCGAAAGCCGGCGGCCGCGCGUUUGAGCCCUCCUGACGUGCCGCCUCUCAGAAUGCCAACCGGAGGCUGGAGCUGUAUCCUUCCAUCGCACGAGAGGGCCUAUCUCCGGCGGCCAUCUUGGAUAGCGGAACUCUCCGGCGCGGGGGACGAGCGGCACUCAUCUGCUGGGAGCGGUCGAAAGGGCCGUUAGAGGAGGGUGUCAGCCGUCGCCCGUGUCAUGAAUGAGAACGCAGACAGAGGAUGAAUUGAGUUGUCUCUGCUUGCGUUGGCUUGAUGCCCAACCCGGGAAGAAUGGCACUGUCUGAAGCACUGUUAGCCUUCUGUAACACAACCCCGGGGUUGUAAUGAGAGCGGUGCUCAGCUCGACAGCUCAGCGCCCCACAAUAGCCGGGCUUGGCGCGAGCGCGUCUUGCACGAAAGUAAGCUGGUUUCUCCCUGUCAGCUGUACACUGGCGCUACGCCUCUGUGGUCUGGAUACGCUGGCAGUAAUUCCAGCCCCAGCGCCUUGUCUCGGCAAAGCGGACAGAUGGAGCGGGUUAAAGCCAAGUUGACGGCGGUGUCGCGGGGGGGCUGCCUGUGUACCCCAGAGACAUGGCAUCGAUGUUGUGGCCUUUCAUUGUCAACUGGAAACACCUGGGGCAGCCCACGCUUCUUAGUCACUGUCUCAAAAGCCUCUUCACUUCCUGGGGUGCUGUCCGGAAGCGCUUGGAUUUCAUUUCUUUUUUCUUAGCAGUGUCACAAGCCAUGAGAGUACAUCUGCUAUGGAGCAAGCAAGGACAAAAGUCAAGAGUUUUGUCUUGGGGGUUUAUGUUUACUAAAAAUGUAACCUUUUUUUUUUUUUACUUGUCUGUUUUAUUUAUUUUUUAUGGAGACGGAUUUGGCUUUGUCUGUUUUCAGCCUUCUGAGAAGGCCUCUCCAUGCCAAUCAGAUUCUAGCUGGCCUUGACUGUGUUAGUAACUGGUCAUUCGAACUUUGUUGAAGUCUUAGAAGUCUUUCACAGACAGAAUGAAUAUAUCCAACAUAUAGUAUGUCCUGUCUCAUAUGCGUUACAUGUAAAUUGCAGUUCUCCUUGUUCGUUAAGCCUGUGUAUCUGAUUGUACAGGAAAUGGGUGAGCAUUGGAAUAUCUUAUUUCCAAGCUCACCACAAUUAUGUUGUUUUUUUUUUUUUAUCAAGGUGAAAGGAAUUUGAGGGGAGAGGUUUGUUUUUGCAGGUGAUGUAUUGUGGGAUUAAGUACUUGAAUAAGGACUACAUGUUGUGUUCUUGUAAUGUGCAGUAUUAACCUUGGGCAAAGGAUGUGCAGCAGUGGAAAUGUAUUAGGGGCGGUCAGUCCGCAGAUGUGAGGAAAACUUCGCUGCUGGGCUGAGAAGAGGAAUGCCAAACUCCCUUAUCCUCCCUUAUCCUCCCCGAGACAUAUGCACGAUUUCUCCACUGACGGACGCAGGUGCAGAGACAUUAUUCGGAGAUCGAAAGCAGGUGUCGAGACAUUAUUCUGAGAUGGGGAGAUAUGUUUCCCUCAGGCAGAGGACUGAUAACACUUAGCCCAGAUGCCAGUCACUCAGAUAGCCUCUGCCGGUGAGAGAGGAGUGUGCAUUAAUCCCGGUGCCUUUCACGCCUGCUCUCACUCAGCCAUGAACAUUCCUCAUACGCGAGUGAGCCCAGUGGGUUUUUGGUCAGUGUUCAGUGUGAAUGUCUACACGGGGGCUAAACAGCAUACACGCACAAGGAAUGUAAAAAUGGAGCUUGAGAAUUUUUACCGAUUUUUUUCACCUGUCUGUGAUGAUGUCACCUGGACCACGGGGAGAAUUGGGCCCCGGCGGCCCCCGGGGAUGAGGGCUGAGCGGACAUGAUCCGAUCUGGAGUGAGGUGAAUAUUUCCAGCUCGUAACGUGAGCGGUGGCAGCCUCCCCAGGGUGCUCACAGACUCUAAUCCUCAUACUGUAGGGCUGGUGUCACCUGACCACAGAGGCCAUGCCUCUGGCCCCAGUCACCCUGGAGACAGGUGUCUGUGUUGGUGAAAAACCAAGGAAGAAUUUCCUGACAUCUUGGGACCAGGUCUACAAACAUGAUGAACAUGUCAUCUGAUCCAAAACUGUGUGACUCCUACUAAUUGAAGUAGUGCCAGUCGCUUCAACAUAUGUUGAAUGUUUAUGUGGCUAGCACUACUUCAGUUAGCGUGAAACUUUCAAAGAUUUCAGUAAGGAUAGGUUAGCCCUGAGCCCACCCUCACUCAGUCAUCCUCACUCAUUCUGAAAAUGCCACUUCCACCCCUACACUCGGGGACCCAUUUCCUGUCAGGUCAAAGGUCGUCAACUUUGGUGUGGCCCAUCUUCGAGGCCCUGUUAGCCAACAGCUCUAUGUUGCCCUAGUCCGCUGCCUGCUUUGCCUCCAACUGUCUGAAAAAGCCAUAGUGUUCAGUUACUCUGUCUCCUGCUCUGAUGUAAGCAAGCUUGAAUAUUUCCAGGUGAGAAAGGUGAUGAAUAAAGGUGGCCUAUGUGGA